CAGAUCGAUUUGGGUGUCCACAUUGAUGGUUAUAUUGCCACUGCAGCACACACUGUCGUUGUAGGAGCCAAUCCGACUAAAAAAGUCACGGGUAGACACGCUGAUUUAUUGAAAGCCACAUAUGAAGCAAUGGAGGUGGCAAUACGAAUGCUUCAACCCGGUAACAAAACAAUGGACAUCACUGCCGCUAUUGAUAAGGUUGCUGCCGAUUAUGGUGUUACGCCCAUCGAAAACAUGGUGUCCCAUCAACUGCAGAGGGAUCAGAUCGAUGGUGAGAAGCAGAUCAUACAAAAUCCCGGAGAAAAACAGCGUAUGGAGAUGGAGAGAUUCACAAUUGAAAAGCAUGAGCAUACGCCAUUGAUAUUCUCUUCUCAACUGGCAAAGGAUAUGGAUACUCGUACUACCGUUUUCAAGAGAAAUGAUGAUGUUCAGUACUCACUGAGGUUGAAAGCAGCGCGAGCCCUAAUGAAGGAGUGCAAAGACAGGUUUGGUUCAAUGCCGUUCACACUCCGAGCGUUUGAGGAUGAAGUGAAAGCAAAGAUGGGCGUUGUUGAACCAGAAAAACAUGGUCUCCUCCGUCCUUAUCAGCCCAGUUCAAAGCGACCGACGGUGUUGAUAAUGUCAAAUGGCCUCUUGAAAAUAGCCGGUCUCCCUUACGAUGCGAGCAUAAUUGAAACUGAUGCCAAGUUGAAGGACCCAGAGUUGAUCGCAACGUUGAACUCGCAACUGAAAAAGAAAAAGAAGAAGCCCGCGAAGAAGGAAGCUCCCGCAGCGGUUAAUGCAAACGCUCCUGUCGCUGAACCGGUGGCAGCGAAAUAG